CGAGAGUAAAUAAACCCACAUCACCAAAAUCUGCCUCCAAAUCUCUCAAUCACUAUCAAACUCCCAUCCACCUACCCUUUACCCACGUCACUUUCGAGCUCGUUGACGCGACUGACAAUAAUGUCCGCGAUCGAGUACCACGACAUCCUUCGACAAGCUGACGCUGCCUUCCCUUCUGACCUCGAGCAUGCUGCUUCCUUCGAGCAACAAGAAGACCGCGAGCAGAUCGUCGCCUUAGGAGAUCACCAUAUCGAUGAGCAACAUCUCCAUUCCCAAGUUAUCGAAGGCGAGGAUGAGUUCGUUGUAAUGGAAGAUCAGCAUCAUAUGGAUCCCUCUCAAGAAGUGCAGCAUAUACAUGAGCAGGUCAUGGAACAGCAGACACUUCAAAGCCAUCAACAACAAGAGGACUCUCAAGCUCAAGCGCAGAACCAUGUCCAGUCGCAUUCACAACCAGGGCCGUCGACUAGUGGCCGUAUAAAAGGGCUGACUGCUGCGGAGAAGAAGGAGAGGCAAAGAGCACAGAACAGAAAGGCUGCGGAGAAGAGCCGCAACAAGAAAAAAGGCGAGCAGAUGGCUUUGGAGAUCAGCGUUGCAAACAUGCAAGAAGAGAACCAGAGACUUCGCGCAAGGUUACAGACAUUAUUAGCUUCUCGCCCAUCCGAUUCUCCAGUUGAGCCGACGUCUUCUUCUAUCGACCCGAUCCUCUCUUCUUCCUCAACCUCUGUUGUUCCAGCACCGGUCACCGGCACUGGCAUCGAUUAUAUGUACAUCGCAAAAUUGCAAAAUGAGCUUACCAGCGCAAAGACAAUCCUUUUUGAAAGAUGCCUCGAACUUUCAAGAUUAAAAGAGGGCAGUGAAGAUUGUGUGGAAGAUCCUCAGCGGUCGUUGAAAUUAGACAUGGUGUCCAACUUGACAAAAGUGGUUGGGUUGCAAGCUGAGAUGGCCGGAUUGCAGACCGUACUCAAUCAUUUGAACACCGAGAAAGAUGGACUGGAACAACAAAGAGAAAGGAUCGAGAAGGAGGUGAAUGGAAACAAGGUUGUGAAGGAUGCGAUUGCUGUUGCUCGGCGUAUCACAGAACAAGAAAACGCUGAACGAGUCACGCAAGCUCAAAUUGUGGAAAGAGCAGCCUCGGUACCCAAUUUGCCUUUGGCAGACGAGCAUCAAUCCGCCCCUCCUGAAAGCACUCAACAAACACCCGAAGGGGACGAUGGUGAUCGGGAAGGUGCGGGAGUCGAUAAAGCUUUGCUUGAUAUCAGAGGAUGGAUUGACGCAGCUGUUAAGGGCUGGGAUCAAAAUCUGCCCGAGUCUCAAGGAAAAGAAGGAAGCUCAUAGAUUUUUGAGAUAAAGACCCACAGCCGCCGCUUUAUGGCUCCAAGUUCCAUUCAUGGUAUCGCAGUAGUUGUACUAUUAUCAACGCAUUCUAUAAUUA